GCUUCGGGAGCCAAAGGUACUUGGGUCUCAGGGACAAGGCAGAGGGCAGGGGGAUUUCGUUGGGAUCUGGAGCAACCCUGUUCCAGGCCGGAAAGGGAGGUGGGCUUGGCAGGCCUGAGCAUGAGAGGACAGUCCAUAAAUUCCUGUUCGCACAGAAGAUCAGCUGCUAACCCAGUGCACAUGUCCAGGAUGCCUGCAGGCUGCUAGGACCCCCGACCUCCUUGUCAUGGACUGCCCAGGCUGACAAGUCAAUCCUUAUGGGCAUCUCCCGUUUGGAUCUGGAGGAGACCAUGUCCAAGCCCCCCGACUGCCUGCCUCGGAUGCUCAGGGGCACGCCCAGACAGCGGGUCUUCACCCUCUUCAUUAUCAGCUUCAAGUUCACCUUCUUGGUCUCCAUCCUGAUCUACUGGCACACAAUGGGUGCACCCAAGGACCAAAGACGGCAGUACAGCCUGCCAGUGGACUUCCCCUGCCCCCAGCUGGCCUUUCCUACAGUCUCUGCCCCAGGCAACAUCUUCUUCCUAGAGACCUCGGACAGGACCAACCCCAGCUUUCUGUUUAUGUGUUCUGUGGAAUCAGCUGCCAGGGCACACCCUGAGUCCCAGGUGGUGGUGCUCAUGAAAGGGCUGCCUAGGGACACUACCGCGUGGCCCCGGAACCUUGGCAUCUCUCUCCUGAGCUGCUUUCCCAAUGUCCAGAUACGACCUUUGGACCUGCAAGAACUGUUUGAGGACACGCCACUGGCAGCCUGGUACUUGGAGGCACAGCACAGGUGGGAACCCUACCUGUUGCCGGUGCUGUCUGACGCUUCCAGGAUUGCACUCCUCUGGAAGUUUGGUGGCAUCUACUUGGACACAGACUUCAUCGUCCUCAAGAACUUACGCAACCUGACCAACAUGCUGGGCAUCCAGUCCCGCUACGUCCUCAAUGGCGCCUUCCUAGCUUUCGAGCGCAAGCAUGAGUUCCUGGCACUGUGCAUACGUGACUUUGUGGCCCAUUACAAUGGUUGGAUUUGGGGCCACCAGGGCCCCCAACUGCUUACCCGAGUCUUCAAGAAGUGGUGUUCCAUUCACAGCCUGAAGGAGAGCCGAGCUUGCCGCGGGGUCACUGCCCUGCCUCCCGAGGCCUUCUACCCCAUCCCCUGGCAGAACUGGAAGAAAUACUUUGAAGACGUUAGCCCCGAGGAGCUGGCCCAGCUGCUCAAUGCCACCUAUGCUGUUCAUGUGUGGAACAAGAAAAGUCAGGGUACACAUCUAGAGGCCACGUCCAGGGCUCUGCUGGCUCAGCUACAUGCCCGCUACUGCCCUACGACACACAGAGCCAUGACGAUGUACUUGUGACGGCCCUCCGGGCACAAGUGAUGUCAUAUCAACAUUGUUACCAGAGAGGCAAGAUGAGCAGCCAGGAAAAGAGGGCUCUGAGAUGCUUCUGUUGACCAGAGGAGACCGAGCUGGCCCGGGGAACAUGUGCCACUUCCACACCUCCCCCUCCAGGCCAGAGGGGGACUGGUGGAUACACUUUGUCCAGUGUUCUAGGCUGACCAGUGAUUCCAGAAUCACAGCAUCUGGGACCUUCACGGGCUAGAUCACAAGAACACCAAAGAGCGUUCUAAGGUAGCUGGAAGACAGUUGGUUAGAGGUGGGGCCAGGAGCGGAGCUCUGGAAAACCUGUGUGAAAUGCUAGUGGGAGAGGAUCAGGCUCCAUCAGACUCCUGAGUCUAAGGGGAGGAGCAGAGCUCUCAGGAAACCAUCUUCCCUCCCCUGGGACACUGCACUGAAGCUUUGUCACAGCCUGUUCCAGCGCUCAGGGAUGGGGAAAUUCUUUAGGUUCCUGUUGUAGACACUGGGGGCUGUAAUAAAAGUGACUC